AUGCGUCGCCCUUCGGCAGACCUCACCGACCCUUCGCGCAACCUGGAGGAGUCGGUCGGCUCGCCGUCAUCUACCUUGGAGCCGCCAGACGUCGACUUGUCCAUGCCUCCGACCUCUGAUGAGGAGAUGGACGACGCGAUCGACGACGCGGACGGUCGCAUCUUCACCCCGCCACCGCACAUCGCCGCCCGCUUUUACCGUCCGUCCCAGGCUCGUCGCAAGGACUCGGCCGCCUCGUCACGUCGCAAUUCCAUCUCCUCGGUCCAUUCUCGCUGCUCCUCUACCCAAACCUUCAACCGCCAUGGCGCCCCCCAGAGCAAGCAGAUCGCACAGCAUCUCCGUCGCACGUCCUUUCUCGAAGACCGAAAAGCACGCCUCGCCGACCGUGCCGCCCAUGCCGAAAAGGUUCGUCUGAGAGCCGCCAUGGCCAAGGCCAACCACCGUGACACCUCUCUCUCCGAAGAGCGAGCCCUCGCUGCCCAGCAGGCCCGCGAGCGGAACCUGGCUGAGAUUGUCGCCUCGUGUGCCGAAGAGGUCAAGAGGGCCAAGGCCGUUGCCGAGACCAUGAAGGACAAGAGGGAGCGCGAGCUGGUCAAGCUUCGUAUCCAGAUGGAGGAGCGUCUGGCUGAGGCUGAGCGUCGGAGGGAGGAGCUCAAGAACCGACAUGCCACCAAGCGGGCCCGCGGCCAGAGCUUGGUCUCGCGCAAGACGACCGAGACGUCCUCCAACCCCGCCGACACUGAUGCCGACGUUGACGUCGACGCCGACGCCGACGCAGACGCCUCUCCCCUGAGCGAGACCGACGCCGCCGCGAGACUGCAAUGGUGGUGGAAGAGCCACAUGAGGAAGAAGGCUGUCGCCAACUUCUCGGAACUGGGACUCACCAUCGAGGGCGUGCGGGACACGUCCUUUGACGAAGUCCUCGAGUUGCUGGGCCAGGAAAAGGUGCUCGUACGCACCGCUCGAAUACUGCGCAUCUGCGGCUUGCAGGAGGGCGACACAGGGUCGGUCGACGAGAUGGCCGCCGUCCGUACCUUUCUCAGCGCCUUCCUCAUUCUGGGCCACCCCACACAGGUCCUGAGCAACAAGGACGGCACGGGGAACAGGGAACAGGUCGGAUUGUUACAGCCUCAACCGCUGCCCAGUAACGAUCUUGCUAAUCCCCAGCUGCAGGACCUCGUGACCAAGGCCCGGGAUCUCCUGAUUUCUUUCGAGAAUAUUAUGUCGCGCCUGACUGCCGCUAACAACUACACCCCUCCACCGACCCUACGGAGUGCGCUGCCCGAGAUCUACGCCACCUUCUACAACGCGUUCCUCGCGUGGAAGUCUCGCGACUCGGAGUCGCUCGUGCAGCUGAUGCUCCUGCAGUUUGUCGAGCUCGAUAUGAUCCUGCAGACGGUCCAGGAAAGCACCGACGACGCCGCCGCAGAGCAGUAUCGCGAGAGCGUCAAGAGCAACCAAGUCCAGCUCAUUGUGCGGAUCAAGAAGCUCGCCGGCCAGGAGAGGGGCAAGAAAAUGAUUGCGGACGCCGUUCGCAAGGCACGCAAGGCGCGGGCCGCUAAGAAGCCCACGGGCGACAUGAAGCCCCGCGUCGCCGAGAACGCUCCCGGAGAGGCGUCUGCCACUGCCGAGAGCCUCGUGUCCCCGGAGUUGCAGACGCAGACGCUCACGCCGCCGCCGACGCCGGCCAAGGGGCACACGAAGCCGCAGCCCAUCGAGAUCAAGCCCGGAUUCAGCGGCCUGCUCCCCGACAACAGGAUUGUGGUGCACGAGCUCGCCAUCAACCGAGAGUAUCGCAUCCCCGCCAGCGAGUAUAGGGAGCACCGCACUGCCCUUCAGAUACCCCUGUUUGCUGGUAUGCGGGCGAGCAUGGCAGAAGACAACCUUGACGCCAGCUUUGGCUACUUCAUCAUCAUGAUGCGUUACCUCAAAGACAACCUACAACGGCUGGUUAAGGCGGGCGCGUACAUGCACAAUACGAUAGGCGAGAUAUUGGACGUAGAGGUGGCUGAGCGCCAGUUCCAGAUGGGGAGCUUCUCGUACGAGAAGUUUUUUGUCUCGAUGGCGUCUCUGCUGCCCAAGCUGUGCGCGCCGUUUCGUGAUGACGAGGUCAAGGACUUGGUGGACAACAAGCUCCAGAACGGAAGCCUCGUGGACCGGGUCGAGGCGCUGACAGAGUUUGUGGACCUGAUGCUCUGCGAUUACGUAAACUACAUGUUCUCAACGGCGGCGCCGCAGCUCAUCGAGUCUGCCCCCGAGUACGAGAAGAAGAGGUUUGCGACGGCGUUGGAGAGCGGUCAACACGGGCUCAACGCGGCCGAAGCGGCGUGGCGUACGGCGCGCUCCAAGGUGCUGGCCGAAGCCCGCAAACGAGAUCCCGAAGGCAUCAAUCACGCAAAGUCUCGGCCGACGGACGACAAAAUCUACGCACAACUGCUCGUCGAUUGCUUUACUCAGCCGGCACCUAUCGCCGCCGACACAGUACCGGAGAUGCUGGGCCUGGACUAUAAGCGCAUGACGCGCUUGUCUCUGACGUCGCAGCGCAUCGUCACGACGGGAGCGAUCCUACUACAAUGCAAGAACCUCCUCAAGCGGGACGUGCGCACGCCGUGGAAGACGGAGGCAACGCGCAUCACAGCUGUGCUCGAGGCGGAUCACGAGAACAUAGACUCGAUAGUACAAGGCGUCAUGGCGGCGCUCGAAGGUGGGCGCUCGAUGCCAGCGGCGACCAAGACGCACCUCAAGGCGCUGGUCACCAAGGUGCUCAAGGCCAGCCACGACUCGAUGAAGAAGGGCGUGGAGCCGACGGAGCCGGUUUUGCGACUCUUGUUGGCGCGACUCCGAGGUCACAUGAACGCCAGGCUGACGGCAGGAUCGGCCAAAGAGAAGCUCAACGCUGCGACGACGGCGCACGAGAAGCUGGCCGGGCUGGGGCUGGCCGAGUUUGCGGUGCAGGCACGGGAGAUGCUGGACGAGAUCUCCAAGGUGGGCGCCGUGGACAGAGCGGCGCACGGGUUGUGGUGGAACGAGGUGGCGGCCAAGGUGGCAGCAGAGGGCGAGGCAGGCAACGGAAGCCCGUGUUGA